UGGGCGAGAGGGUCAUGUCUAUACAGAGGAGACCCGUGGGACGGAGAGUCAUAGGAACGAGGAGCUGAGGGGUAUGGUGUGUUAAGAGGAAGUGGGGCGGGGCGGGAGCACAGCACAUCUGUACAGGUGAGACCCGAGCCACCUUACCCCAGAAAGUGAGGGAUCUUAGCUGUACACGUGUUAACAGAUUAGACUCAAAGGUUAGGGGAGGCACGCCUUAUUAGUUGAGUAGGGGAGACCUAGGGAAUCUGGGAUCACAAUCAGAUGAGAUAUUGGUAGGGAGUGGUAUGACAAACCUGAGGACAAGGGCACUGAAGGGGCAACCCAGAGAAGUUAAAGGAUGGUGGAAAUAGGGACUUUAUUGAGCGAAGAAGAGAGGAAAAGGAGUAGUGGGGGCAGGUGCUAGUAAAGGGGGUUUGGUUUGGGACUGAUAGGGGCAAGGGUGGGGCUUGGGCUGAAAGAGGAGAUCUGGAAAGCCCUGGUUGAAGAAACCUGAAAACUUAAGUCGAAAGGCAGAGAAGGGAGGGGAUGGGUGUGUGAGUGUGUGUGUGUGUGUGUGUGCACGUGCGCGUGUGUGUUGGGGAAGAGAAGAGGGUUGAGCAUGUUGGGGAUAGAUGCUGCUUUACAUGUUGUAAGAUCAGAGAAGAGGGAAGGCCAAAUUGGCUGGCUUGGUAGAGGUUGUCACAACUAUGAAAAGAAACAUUGGCCCUGUCUUCAUCAGUGGCUGGAGACGCGACCAGAGCGGCAAGAGUGCCCAGUGUGUAAAGCUGGGAUCAGCAGAGAAAAAGUGGUCCCUCUUUAUGGGCGAGGGAGCCAGAAGCCCCAGGACCCCAGAUUGAAAACUCCACCCCGCCCCCAGGGCCAGCGACCAGCUCCGGAGAGCAGAGGGGGAUUCCAGUCAUUUGGCGAUACCGGGGGCUUUCACUUCUCAUUUGGUGUUGGUGCUUUUCCCUUUGGCUUUUUCACCACUGUCUUCAACACCCAUGAGCCGUUCCGUCGGGGUACAGGUGUGGAUCUGGGACAGGGUCACCCGGCCUCCAGCUGGCAGGACUCCCUCUUCCUGUUUCUCGCCAUCUUCUUCUUUUUCUGGCUGCUCAGUAUUUGAUCUUUGUCUCCCUCCUGCCCACCUCCAGCCAGAGGAGAAUCAGUAUUGGGGGUCCUUGCUGACCCUUCCUUACUCCUGGCCCCUCCUCCCCAGCUCCUCCAUUUCUAACGGCUAAGGCCAACCCUGGCCACUUUCUAGGAGGGUGUGGGGAGGAGUGACAUCUGUGCAGAGAAUAGGAGAACCUUCUGCUCUGAACUCACUGAGGAGCGUCGUAACUCCCAACUCUGGUACAGGAGGACAGAGAAAAGAGAAUGUCUGUUUCUUCUCUCUCCUGAUCCUUUGCUUUCCCCCACAUUUAUUGAUUUGAUAUUGAAAGAUGGGCAAGGCUCCCUCUGACUCUCCCCUACUUUUCCCCUGUUAAUUUAACUUAAUUUCUCUCUCCCCAGUGUCUAAUAUGGGUUCUGACUCUUAAGUGCUUUCUUCCCCUCACUACCUCCUUUAUUAUAAAUUCAAUAAACAAGGUGAGAUAUA